GACUUUCUGUGUGCAUGCCAAUUUCGCUAUAUAAGGAAACGACGUAGAGAUGUUCUUUCAUUCGUAAAGUGCUGUUUUUCUUGUUGAUUGCGCCUUUUCGCUUAUCUGUUCCUUUCCAUUCUCUUCAACAUUAUCUUAACAAUAGAGAAUGAAGGUACUGUUGACCGUGAUCGCAUUAUUUAUAAGCGUCGAGGCUCAUCAGGGAUGGCCAUAUAAUGGCCCUGGUAUCGGAAAUGGAAGAGGAAAUAAUCCUGGCCGAGGUCCUUGGGCAUAUCAGCAGCAACAGAAUCAAAAUAAUAUAUUUAUUUCCGAUAUCGAAUGGACGUGCCGAAAUCCGAAAACAAAUGACAUAAUGAUUAUCACCACUGACAACACACGACAACAGCAUCCUGGUAGAGGACCAUGGUGGCAAUGGCAGAAUGUUCCACCAGGACAUCAAGCGGAUCAUCACCGGCAGGGAAAUCAAUGGACACAACCGAUUAUUAUCAUUCAACAAGAACCUACAAGCACUAAUAAUAACCAAUUACCACCGCUAUUCCCGCAAACAACAGAAACUCCUAACAAUAAUGAAAACAAUUAUAAUGAUGAUAAUCAACCACAAACCACGCCGCAUUAUCACGGCGGAGAAGGAUUAAUAGAUAUUAGAAUCGCACAAUAAAAAUAUAAUUUGGAACAAUAAAUAUAUGAAGUUUCAGGUUUU